UGCCCGUUCAACUUGGUCCUGGUCCUGGUCCUGGGACUGAUUCACCGAUGUCGACGGCAGCAACACGGCGAUAUUCUGCGUCUUCCGACGGGUCUGACGCUGUCGAAAGGGAAGCGCUGAUCCUGCACAGGCUAGAUACAGAGCCAAAGACGGCAUCGUCAGCAGCGGCCCGAGGUUCAUACAGAGACGCAGACGCGUCUGCGGAUGAUGACGACGAGAUCGCACUGCCCUCGAGGCCAGGCGACGAGGAACAAGGGCUCGACAAGACUGGCCGACCCGAGUGGCUCAAAGACGGACUCGCGGCGGGGAAACGGUCCCUCCGGCUCCGCAUCUUUUUCUUCCUCGGCAUCGGCCUGCUCCUCUUGCUCCUCUUUCUUUUUGUCUUUUCCUCGUCGGGCGGCGGCGGCCUGAAGAAGGCUUACAAAUGGGCAGGAGACGUCUGGAGAGACGGAGAUGCGGAAGCUGAAGGCGGGUCGCCAUGGGAGUUCCCUAUCGAUGUGGGGUAUCCAGGCCCUACCGCCACAGGAAAGGCGCCAAAGCUGGCCGAUGAGGACAUCCCGACGCCCUCGCCUUCGCGCGGCAGCUCUCCCAUUCAGACCUACACGCCUGAGCUGCCCAACUUCGAUCUCUUCAAACACAUGGGACCUCUGACUCCCUACACGUCGGCCCCCGACUUUGGCCCUUCUUCUGCGCGCUACCGGGCGCUUACCGGGUCAUGCCACGUUGAUAGGGUCCACAUCCUCCACCGCCACGGCUCUAGGUACCCGACAAGCGAUUCGAGUGCUUAUCUGGUGCCCAAUCUCAUUGCAAAGAACGCCGGCAAGCUCAAGUUUUCGGGACCGCUCGACUUCUUAAACAGCUACGAUCCACACCGGCUUGGAAAAGAGCUGCUAGUGCCCUUGGGAAGGCAGCAGCUGUACGACAGUGGCGUUCUCCAUGCUGUCGAGUACGGCAAGUUGGCCGAGCAAGACAUGCAAAAGCAUAAGCGCCUGUUCGUCAGGACUGGCAGCCAGCAGCGUAUCGUCGACAGCACAAUUGCUUUUCUGCAGGGCAUGUGCGGCGCCAAGUGGCACAGCAUGACCGACGUCGAGGUUCAGAUCGAAGCGCCCGGCUUUAACACAACGCUGGCACCUAACUUUGCAUGCCCGGCCUCGGCCAGGCCAGACACGGCUCCGGGCUUCCGAUGGAACAAGGACUGGACACAGGACUACCUUCGCUCUGCCGUCGAUCGCCUCAAGGGCCACGUACAGGGUCUGGAGCUGAACCAAGAUCACCUCUACUCGAUGCAGCAGCUCUGCAGCUACGACACGGUUGCCUUUGGACGGAGCGACUUCUGCGGCCUCUUUACCCAGCAGGAGUGGCUCGACUACGAAUACGCAUGGGACCUGGCCUUUUACGGCGGCUACGGGCCGGGUGCCACCGUGGGCAAGGCGCAGGGCGUCGGCUGGCUCAACGAAUUCAUGAGCCGACUGACAAAAACAAAAUGGGACGAGAGCACGCAGACGACUGAGAAUCGAACCCUGAACACCAACGAGCGAGCGUUUCCCGUCGAUCGCAACUUCUACGCCGACUUCACCCACGACUCCACCAUUGCAGGCGUACUCGCCGCAAUGAGCCUGCCCGACUUUGAGCACCCGAUGCCAGUCCACCAGCCCGAUCGGCAGCGCAAAUAUCGCACCUCGACGCUGGUGCCCUUUGGCGCCCGCCUUGUCUUUGAAGAGAUUAGUUGCGCGGCAGAGGGAUACGUCAGGAUGCUCCUCAAUGAGGCCAUUGUCCCUCUCGAUCAGCUCCCCCACUGCCAGUCGCGAGUCGACGGUCUGUGCGCGCGCGAAGACUUCAUCAAGUCGCUUGAGUCUCGAAACGUCAACGCUCAAUGGGCGAAUUGCACGGCCGAUUAGUUUAGCACUUUGUAUUUGUACAGUAGUAGUAGUAGUAGUGAUAC